AGUGAACGGCCCAGGAGGAAAACAUUGCAUCAAUAAAAUCUCAACUAGAAGUAAAUAAAAAGCAGUGGUCCCAAAAGACUGAGCUCUCCUAACAUGAUGCCUACAGCUCGAGGCAUGUCCCAAAUGAUACCCAAUCACAUCCUGAGAGUGGGUCAAACUAUCCGUCUGGACUCAGGGCCACAGGAGACAGUCCAUCGGCACGCCAGUCUCACGGAACCAAACGGUAGCCAUGGUGACUCUGAUCUUGAUAUUUCCCUGAGUAAUCUCAACCAGCUCAUCCUGGAACUGGAUCCGACAUUUGAACCCAUUGCGGGCAACCAUAGUCCUUUGUGCAUGAGCCCGCCUACAGAUGACUCCGAUGAGGACGUCUCCCAUUGCGUAUUGGUCGCUAGGGGAUGUUCUCCCUGCUCCCGGCCUGCCGCGGUCCCAUCCGUGUCCCCCAGCAUACCGAUCCCUAGAUCCAGCCGUGCCAGCUGCAGUCCCCAUGGCUCACUGGUGUUCUCCAGCUCACCUACGUCCUCCCUGCCUCCGCUGCCGUGCGGCAGUGGGGCCCGACGGCAUCCUUCACCAAAACAUGAUGCAGCCUUUGCACAAGGAUCCUUGCGCCUGUCACACUCCAACAGAAACAGCGCCGUCUCCCUUCUCUCCAUGUCAACAUGCUCAGACACCAGCUACAUCCUUGGCAGCAACCUGUCCCUGGCCAGUGAGGACGCUGACUCUCAAGAGUUCAUCAACACUCCCACGUAUGGCUCCUUAAACGAAAGGUCCAGAAGUACAGCAUCUGAGAACAGGCAAAGCCCAGAGAAGCCGCCGCUGUACAAGCAAGGAAACCUGCAGGAGCGUCAAGGGAAAGGAGCACAGAGAUGUCCUGCUCCACAUGUGGGGUCCUUCAGCAGUAUUCCUGUGCUGCUAAUCAACGGUGAACCCCAGCAGGAUCUGCACACCCACUCUGCUGGACCAGAAGUUGACUUAAUGCAGACCGCCCUUAAUGUGUCCAACUCAAAGCCCAUUUCUCCUCAAAGUUUCCAAGGCCGUUUUAACGGCAGCCAGCCCUCAAUGAAGUUCGUCAUGGACACUUCAAAGUUUUGGUUCCGGCCGCAUAUCAACAGAGCAGAAGCUGAAGCUCUGGUAAAAGACAAGGAAGCAGGAGCAUUUGUUGUGAGGGACAGCACGUCCCACAGAGGCAGUUUCGGUCUGGCUAUGAAGGUGAAACAAACGGACACCAACUUCACCGCUACCACCUACCCAGGAGAGAGCGGCUCAGAUCUCAUCAGAAACUUCCUUAUUGAAUCAUCGGCUAAGGGCGUACGCAUCAAAGGCUCUUCUCAGGAACCAUACUUUGGUAGUCUCUCUGCCCUGGUCUACCAGCAUACUAUGUGUGCUUAUGCUUUGCCCUGCAAAUUACUGAUCCACUCCAGAGAUCUGGUUGCAGCAGAGGAGAGCACGAAUCACAAACCAGCAUCAGAGGACGAGAGUAAAACAGCUUGUAACUUUGUCUACCUGAAUGCUGUCCCCACUGAGAUGCUGACGGGCCCCUGUGCAGUGCAGAAAGCGGUGUGCUCUACACUGGAGAAGGCCCCCGGUUCCUUCACACCGAUCAUAGUCAACAUGAAGGUGUCUUUGAAGGGCGUCACACUGACAGAUAUCAACAGGAAACUCUUCUUCAGACGCCAUUACCCUGCUCACCUGCUUAGCUACAGUGGUGAAGAUCCAGACGAUCGACGGUGGUUGAAAGGCUCGAGUUCUGGUGCAAGGAUGUUUGGCUUCGUAGCAAAAGGCGUGGAGGUCGGCGUGGAGAAUGUUUGCCACGUCUUUGCAGAAUAUGACCCUCUGCAGUCUUGCAACAAAACGAUUGAGAUCAUUCAGGCUGCUACAGCAAAGCCUUAAAAACACGAGGACUGAGACAACAUGAUGACCUUACCUACACUGACUGUGUUACACUGUACUUUUCUCAGUGUGCAUUGUGGUGGUCUUUGAAAGUCUCUUCAUCGAGUAAGACUGUUUCUACCAGAUCACAAUACCACCGAAAUUGGAUUUCGAAGCGCCUUAGACGAUCUCGACUCGUCUCAUGGUCCCACGAUUAAUAAUAUUUAAAAGAGAGAUGUAGAUACAUGUGGAGAUAUACUGCACAAGACAAGCCGUCAAGCAAGGACGUAAUCAACAGGGAACCAGCAAUACAUUAUUGUAAUUAUAUGACGCACUGCUGCUUUUAUGAUAAUCUCCAGCUAGUUUGUAAAUAUGUUAAAACAUUCCACAAUAUUUUACCAAAUCUUGAUAUAUGAAGCUCGCGAAAAAUAUUUCAAUGUAAAAUGUUUUAUUUUUUUAAUGAAAACGCUUCAAACUACUACUUACCUGGAGGUUAGGUUAUGGUAAAUUAAUUGAUUUGUGCAAUACGAGGUUAUUUCUGCACCUUUGUAAUCUAUUUAUAGUGGUGAGGAAUUUCUAAGGUUUCGUUAAUAGACGUCCUUUCAUUUCAAGUUACAUACACCCUAGUUGUAUUGUUUAAAAUGUAUUUACUAUACAGCACUGUAAACAAGUUAUUCUAUAUUCAUGUUGUUUUAUGUUAUGUCAAAUAAACAUGUAAAACCAA